AGCCAAGCCACUGAUUCCUCCACAUCAAAUACAAAUAUGCUUGACAGUUCACUAUCAUAUUUCUUCUUUAGACUAUCUUCUAGACGAUAUGGGAGGUUCAAUGGGCUUUCUCGGAAAAGGGGUACCACCGACGCAGAUGAUGAAUAUGGUUAUGGGUUCACUCUACAAACAAUUCACCAAGAAAGCUAUCAACAACUUUGACGACUUCCACGUUGCUGUUUUAGACAUCUUCAACAACUUCAACUCGGCUUUACCAGGCCGACACUUUGAUCUCCCAACACCUGACGAAAUAAAGGCAUGUUUCUUGGGGUGGAAGGAAGCUAAAGACGAGGAAGAGAAGAAGAAAGUGUUCACAGAGUUCAUUGCAAAGAAAGUGAAGCCAAGUAAACUGGAUGACGUCACUAUGAUCACCGGAAUAGCAUCUCCUCCGGCGGCUAUGGCGGCUAAGAGAGCAGGAGAGAAUGUUCCUCAGCUAAAGUUCAUCAAACUUAUACCUGAUGUUAUAUUCGUCCCUACGGUCACCAUUUUGGCCAUUGUCUCUGCUAAACUCUCAAGAAGAAUGUAUUUGAAAUAAUGCUUUUAACUUAAACAUUCUUAA